GCCUUUCGACGUCAUUACCGUAAAUGCCAAAACAUUGCGCACACAUAUGUCUUAUAUACGUAAUCAUCCUUUAAUCUAAGGUGUUGGAAGAGUGUAUCCGUAUGUGUGCAUUUUAAAUUAGUCUGUGUCAUUUGAAUAAGAUACUAGAACUUGCUAGCCAGGUGCUUCAGAAAUGUAGUUUAUUUCUGCGUUCGUUAUUACGGUAAAGCGACAUUAUGGGAAUGGUGAGGGCUGCGUGUGUAGCUCUUUACAGAACUAUUACAACCAUGGCACAGUGUAAAUUCAUUGAUAUUGGUGUGAACCUGACUGAUCCCAUGUUCAGAGGACUCUACAGGGGGAAGCAAAAACAUGACGAUGACUUUGAUCAUAUCAUCGGCAGAGCUCUUGGAAUUGGUGUUGAAAAGUUUAUGAUCACAGGGGGGAACCUUGAAGACAGCAAGGAAGCUGUCAAACUGGCUGAGACSCGAGGUGAAUUUUACUGCACAGUUGGUUGCCAUCCCACUCGCUGCAGUGAGUUUGAGCAGAAUGGAGAAUCACAGUAUUUCUCUGGGCUGAAGGAGCUGGCAACAGCUCACAGAGGAAAAGUGGUGGCCAUUGGAGARUGUGGGCUWGAUUUUGACAGAUUGGAAUUUUGCCCAAAAGAGACUCAACUUAAAUACUUUGAGAAGCAGUUUGACUUGGCAGAAGAGACCAAGUUGCCRAUGUUCCUCCACUGCAGAAACUCCCAUCAGGAAUUCAUUGAUAUCAUGAAGAGAAAUCGAGACAGAUGUGUKGGAGGAGUGGUCCACUCAUUUGAUGGGACAGCAGAGGAUGCUGCAGCAAUCAUUGACMUGGAUCUUUAUAUUGGAAUAAAUGGAUGCUCUUUGAAAACAGAGGCUAAUAUGGAAGCCAUGAAGGCUAUUCCCACUGAGCGACUCAUGAUUGAAACUGAUGCUCCAUGGUGUGGUGUGAAGAACACUCACGCUGGCUCCAAAUAUGUUAAAACAACAUUUCCCACAAAGAAGAAAUGGGAAGCAGGCCACUGCCUGAAAGACCGAAAUGAGCCCUGUCAUAUCAUACAAGUUUUAGAGGUGAUGGCAGCUGCAAGAGAAGAGGAUCCAGUGGAGUUAGCCAACACAAUAUACAGCAACACCAUUAAAGUGUUUUUCAGCUCUAGCUGAUGAUAAAUACACAUAGAGAUGUGCAUAAAUGCAUGCAUAUUUUGUGCCUGAAUAAAUGUAUGGGUUAAACAUUGCCAUUCUCCAAAGUGAAAUCUUUUGCUAUGUCUUAGUAUUCCUGUGGCACCAACUAAAAACUGGUUCCUUUCUGCAUAUUGCUGUACAGCAGAUAGGGGCAACAUUUAUUUAUUUCUAUGCUCUUUUUGUUUUCAACAGUGCAUCUGUUUUAUCAUACCAUUCUCAAAUAAUAACAAAAACGUUUGCCUUAACAGAGGGGAAUUUCAUGUUUAGUAUAGCAGCAUUCUUAAUCAAACUUUAAAUUCUGCUGCCUGGUCUACCACAUACAGUUUGUUGGUGGACCUUUUACAAAGCUUUCUAUAGGCGCCCGUGUCUUGCUGUUCAAAUUAAGUCCAAAUAAAAUUUUUCAAUCUUA